UUAUGUAGCACUUUUCCAACACAUGGUUGAAAAGGCUGGCUAACGGCUAGUGGUUUAUGUUCCAGGAUUGGUCAAAUAUAUGAUUAAGGAAACAGUUUAAGCCAGAAUGAAUCAGCAGGAUGACAGUGACGACGGAAUGGACGAGUUCUAUGACAAAUUUAAAACGCAAAGAUACAGAAAAGGUUUCAAUGAAAACAACUGGGAAGAGGAGUUUGAUAAAGUGCCCAUGUUCAUGAAAACUGCCCCUGAAGACAUCGACCCAAACAAAUACCCAGAAUUGGCUUGUCUUCAGGCUGUCAUCCACAAUGAAGAUCGGCCUCCAGAAGAGCAAGCAAAGAGUCUGAAAGAUGAAGGAAAUGCCUUUUUCAAAGAGAAGAACUACCAGAAGUCAAUACUGUCAUACACAGCAGCUUUGAAGAAACAAUGUGGUGACCAAGAUCUCAACACAGUCCUCCUCACCAACCGAGCCGCAGCACACUUCCAUAUUGGUAAUAUGCGCUCUGCACUGAACGAUGCUGCAGCUGCAAAGAAAAUCAAACCAGACCACCUUAAAGCCCUAAUCAGAGGUGCUCAGUGCUGCAUUAAACUGCGGCUCUUUGCAGAGGCCGUACAGUGGUGCGACGAAGGCCUUAAAUUUCAUCCCAGUGACAGGAAGCUGCAGGAGCUGCGAGCAGCAGCAGAUCAACAGAAGAGAGCUGCAGACCGAGAUGCCAGGAAGGCAAAAGCCAAAGAAAAAAAAUUGCACGGUGAAAAAGAAGCACUCUUGGCUGCUAUAAAGGAGCGAGGCAUUAAGCUCCACCAGCCCGUGAAGGCUCCGCAGCCUAAUUCAGACUCUGAGGAUGAAGGCUCCUCUGCAGCUUUAGCACAGCUGAAGCUGGAUGGCCUCAGCUCCCAGGAGGCCACAGGGGCUCAGGUCUUCAUGGACACACAUGGAUCUCUGCACUGGCCGGUCCUUUUCCUCUACCCGGAACACCAACAGAGUGACUUCAUCUCAGCUUUCUGUGAGAGCUCCUGUUUUUUGGACCACCUGGUUGUCAUGUUUGGAGAAGAACUUCCUCCCUGGGACACAGAGAGAAAAUAUCUUCCAUCAAACCUGCAGCUGUUCUUUGAAAACUGUGAGGAGGAUACACUCUACCAGGUGGAACCAGAAAAGUCACUUCUGGAAGUUUUGCAGCAUAAAAGGGUUUCUGUCAGAGCAGGCACUCCCAGUUUCAUUGUGCUGGUCCACGACUCGUCAUUCAGGAAACAGUUUUUAACAGAAAAGAAAAUACACAGAUUAUGAAAACAGUGGCUUCCAGGCGUAACACAUAAAGUCUGACAGUGACUCUGGUUCUGAAAAAGACACAGUGAUCAACAUUUAGACAGUUUAUUUUUGUAGGAUUGUUGCACAUCUUGUCAGGUCAGCAGUGGGUCGUGCCCAAAUCAGAACAAGGACAGUCGCCCUCGUGUAUAUUUACCCCAGCGUAUCUUCCAGUUUUAGAUCCAUUAAGACAUUUACACACUUUGACUCUUGUGCUUGUGAGUAAAACACAUUUAUUGACACCAGCUGUCAGAAUAAGUCAGUAAAACACAAUUUCUAAAAGUAAUCAAUAGAGAUUUGUCCUCUUUGAUUCCGUACACAUUAUAAACAUUUUAUGGUUUGAAGAGAUUUUACUGAACAGAUACUUUAUCCCACACAGAAUGAACCAAAUAACUUCCUGUACAGACAAAAUAACACGGAAAACUGAGACUGGUUAAAGAUAUAUAUAUAUAUAUAUAUAUAUAUAUAUAUAUAUAUAUAUAUAUAUAUAUAUACAAAAAUAAAUGCUGUGAUCUGUAAAGGAGAACUGAUAUUUUUCCUUCAUUGGCUUUUAGUGCAUUCCAGAGUUUAUCCUUCACAUUUAAAUGUUCACAAAGUUUAAAACAGAUCAGCAGGAAUUUAAGCGUAAGAAGAGAAUGUGAGUGUGUUUUAGGUUAGUACACUGACCACCAAAAAAAUAAAGUGUCAGACUGCAGUGUUUCCCCCAGAAAUCUUUGCAGGCCUGGUUGUUCUGGGAUGGGGGGGGAAUACACCAGAAAAUGUGAGGUGCUCACAAAUGCACAAACGGUGGGGAAAAAAAAACCCUCACUGGCAUAUCUUAUUGUAUAAAAAUAAACUUUGGAAAAAUGCCACAUUAUGACUCAAGCAUGAUUCAUUGGUGCUGUAGAACGUGUAGUUUAACAUUUCACCACCUCAGUUAGGUGGCAUUGCUGUGCACCAGGCCUGUACUAUUAUAGGGGGAACACUGGACUGUAGCUGUCUGUCUGCUUGGUUGGCAUCCAGGUGAGUUGGAAGACCUAACCUGAUAGUGCAGCAGAAGCAGUGGGUUGUGCUUUGGACUGAGUUCAGGGAUAUUUAUUGGAGUGAAACUGGUUUAAAGCUCAGCCCUCAGGAGUUUCACAUGCUCUUGGUUGUCAGUGUAAAAACCGGCUUUUCAGGCUUUGUGCUCUGCUACAGUGUUAAGCUACCUUGACACGAGCAUGCCUUUGAUCUCUGCACUGACACACAAUCUUGCGUGCCAAUGACUAAACUCGUAAAUUGUGCACAAGCUGCGAGGCCCUCCACACAUUGACACGCAGCGUUUGCAAAUAGGUUGCGGAAUGUUCAUGACUAAUUCAAAAUUUUCUUUUCACUCUAGCAAGCAGCGUCACAAGAUUGCAUGCUGAUGCAGGUAUCAAAUUUGUGCAAGCCACAAUGAGCUUUAGUGCAUGUCAGUAGUCACGUCUAUCAGUGGCAAUACAUGAUUAUGUAGCGCAGUUGCGCCGCUCUGAUCAGUACUUAAAAUUUAUUUAAGUAACCUGCUUUUAAAUCUGUAUUUGGUUUUGUUUUUUGUACAUGCACAUAAAGAUGGGACUGUUUUUCAUCCUAUACAUCUGUCUGAACAAAUAUUUGAAGCACAACUCCGAAAUCAGAGGUGAAUUUCAGUUAAACGUUACCAUUUGAAGAUGGACAGGAAUGAAAAUUAUUCCCAUCUGACAUCUUCAAGAGGAGAUGAUUGGAAUUUUUUUUUUUUUUUUUUUUUUUGCAUUGUAUUUGGCUGUUAGACAUACAGAAAUUGACCAGUUAAUUCAGGUAUUUAUCAUAGUUACAGUGCCUUGAAAAAGUAUUGGGCCCUUUGGUAUUCCACAGAUUGUAUUGCCAUUUCACAUACAAAAAGUUAUUCGGGCUGCUCGAUAUUAAAAAAAAAAAAUCUUGAGUUAGCCUCCAUAAGCUCAAAGCAAAUCUUUACAACUUGAUAUACAAAUUAAAUAACAAAUAUAUAUACUAGA